AUGGCAGUCCUCAGCUCAUGCUACUCUUUCUUCACCAGCUCCACUACGCUCAACAUCACGUUGCGGACUAUGGUCCUGGCGGCAUUGACUUCCAUGCUCUUCAACGCCAUUGACCUCCGCCUUCCCGUUCCAGCUGCAGUGGAGGAGUUAACCGUUGUGGUGGUUCUCCUCUUCCUGGAGCUUGGCUUAAGCAGCCGCCGCCAGGAAAGCAGCACCAAGAAGACCAAGCCGUGCCUAGGGGAGCGGCGCGAGAAGUACGAAGAGGUCAGUGGCCUCGCAGGAAGACUUCAGGCAGCAGCCAAGGCCGGUGACACAGACGCAGCCGAAGCCGUGAUGGAGAGGAUCCUCGCAGGCGACGGCAAGCCCAGCCUGGUUUGCUAUGGAGCCUUAAUCUCGGCCUUCGCAAAAGCGGGGGAUGUGAAACGCGCCGAGUACUGGCUUGAGGCUCUCGAGGCCUCAAAUGUUGGGAGCCCAAAUGGCAUCUGCCUGAACAUGCUGAUCAGCGCUUGUGCCAAAGCAAACGCUGUUGAUCGCGCAGAAUACUGGCUUGUAAAGAUGCCAUCGCUGGGGCUGAGCCCAGAUGUGAUGAGCUACAACGCUGUGAUCGAUGCCUGUGCACGCACGGGGGAUGUGACUCGCGCGGAGCGCUGGCUUGAGAAGAUGAAGGCUUCCGGCACCACCCCCAAUGUUGUGAGCUAUAGCUCUGUGCUUCAUGCUUGCGCCCGAAGCUGCGAUGCGAGCCUUGCCGAGCGCUGGCUGGAGCGCAUGUCCAAGGAAGGGGCCGAGCCAAACGCUAUCUGCUACAACGCCGUGAUCAACGCCUGGUGUAAAGAAGGCAACACUCGUCGCGCAGCUCAUUGGCUUGAGCAGAUGUCUCAGCGCGGUGUUCAGCCUACCGUGAACAGCUACAGCACCAUCAUUGACAAGCUGGCAAAGGCCGGAGACAUCGACGGUGCUGAGACUUGGCUUACUCGCAUGGCCGAGGCCGGCGUCGAGGCUGACGCCGUCAGCUACAACAUGCUUUUCAGCGCUUGCAGCAAGAUGGGUGAUUCUGCACGCGCCGGCAAGCUCUUCGAUCAGAUGAUGCAGCGCAAAGUGACUCCAAACACAAUCUGCUUCAACCUGAUCAUUAAUACCCACAGCCGUCAAGGCGACUUCUAUUCCGUUCUCAGGCGCCUGCGGCAGAUGCGGGAGCAGGGCAUUCAGGCUGACCGUGUUAGCUUCAACACCAGCCUCAAGGCAUUCUCCCGCUGCGGGGACUGCAAGGCAGUGGACCAGCUCUUGGAUGAGAUGCUUGCCGCAGGCAUCAAGCCGGAUGUUGCCGCUUACAACACCUUCAUCGCCGUGUGCAUGCGGGCCAAGGAUGCGUCGAAGGCAGAAGACUGGCUCUGUCGUAUGACCAGCGCUGGGGUGCAGGCCGAUGCUGUCAGCUAUUGCACCAUGAUCGAUGCUUUUGCCCAAAGCGGUGACUUGCACCGCGCAGAGAAGUGGCUUGAGAAGAUGGAACGAUCAGGACUUCAGGUCGGAGCCACCACCUAUGGCCUUCUCAUCAGCACCGUGGCCAAGAUGGGUGACAUCAGCCGGGUGGAGCGCAUUUUCGAGCGCAUGGACAAGGCCAACGUGGAGGUCAACGGCUCCACCUACAACGCGCUCAUCUCCGCCUGCGCCCGCAAGGGGGACGUGGACCGUGCCGAGUUCUGGCUCAAGAAGCUCCUAAAAUCCACGGCAUCUGCCGACGUGGCCAGUUACUCCUCGGUCAUCCAUGCGUGCGCCAAGGCCAACAGCUUGCGCCGGGCGGAGGCCUGGAUCGAGCAGAUGGAACGCGAUAGCAUCCAGGCCAACGUGGUGACCUACAACAGUGUGAUCAACGCCUGUGCCCGCUGCGGCGAUGCCAAGCGUGCGGAAUAUUGGAAUGCCUGCGCCAAGGCCUUGGAUGUGGACCGAGCCGAGAAGUGGCUCAAAGAGAUGCCGAAGCAUAACGUCCAGCCCGACGACGUGUCCUACAGCACCGUCAUCCACGCCUGCGGCACCGCCCAGGAGCCCGAGCGCGCAGAGGAGUGGAUGAAGCUGAUGACCUCUUCUCUUUGCAGCCAGGGCGAAAAGCCAGGUGCCUUUUGCUACAACUCCAUUGCGCAGGCCUGGGUGCGAGCCGGUGACGUGGACCGGGCCAUGCAUUGGUUGUCGGAAGCAGAACGCCUUGGCGUGGAAGUGUCCUCCGCGAGCUUGAACGGUGUUGUAAGUGCACUGACCCGAGCACGCCGACACAGCGAGGUGGAGCUUUGGUCUUCCAAGGUUCGCAAAGGCGAACGAGGCGAGCGCAGCGACCGGCGCUACCCUCAGCGCCGGCAAAGUGGCUUCGGCCGCUAA